AUGGAACCGUCGAAUUCCGGCGACGAUAGGUUUUCAACGUCAGCUUUCACCUUCACCGCCCCUUCCGUUUCUUCCGGCCUUUCGAAGCCGCGAUUCGUUAAAAUUCGCAAACACAACAAUGCCUCCGCCUUCAAUCGCGACGGUUCUGUCGCCAAUGUCGCCGUAACCGUCGUCGGAUCCGAUAAGCUCGAUUCCGCUUUGAAUUUUGAUAAACGGAUCAGUGAUCGGUUGAGGAAUCUUAAAAUCGGAAGCGAGGGUUUCGUGAACGCGGACGGGAGCGAGCUUCCCGAGGAGAUGAUGAGUAAGUUGAAGAUUGUGACGGAAAAUCAAGGCGGUUUUGAUAAGGUUCGUGUUGAAUCGGAACUCGGUACCGAGUUGCAGAGGAAACUCAAUAUUAAAGAAACUGAGAAAAUCGAACGAGGUAACAAUAACAAUGCAGUUAGUGAUGAAAAUUCGGCUGAUUCUGUUAUUCGGCAAUUGAAUAAUCUGAAUGUGAAUGAUGUAAUGAGGAGCAAGUUUAACCUAGUUGACCAGAAUGUUGAACCUAAUUUAUGCAACUCUUCUGCAAUGCCGCCAUCUUCAUCGGUGUCGGGUUCAGCUUCAGCUUCUGUGUUAUUUCAACCUUUUGAUGUAACUAAAAAGGAUCAAUUUGUUUUUCAGAGUAAACCCGAACCUUCAGGGUCGCCUUUUGUUGAGUUUAAAACACAUGCAUCAAAGAUUGGUGGCAAAGAAGGAAAAAUGAAGGAAAAAAGUGGUAAUUUGAGAAUGAAAAAAAGUACAGUGAACUUGAAGCAUUCUACACCGGUACAACCUUGGAAUGGACAUGGUUUUUUUUAUAAAGAAAGUGUUCCACAACAAAGUGGUCAUCCUCAAGGUUCUUUUGAGACUUGUUCGCCUAUGGAGGUCUCUCCUUAUCAGGAAAAACUGGCUGAGAAACGAACCUCGAGGGAAAGUUCAGUGAUAUCCAGUGAGUCAUUUGGUGUUGACACUAAUGAUAAUGAAGCAAUGAGUUUUGUUGAUAACAUUGAUGAGGAUUUGAUUAGGGCAACUCAGAAUAUGAAUAUAAAUGAAAGUAGUGAAGUUGUGUGUGAAGAUACAAAGGAGGGAAAGUCAGAGUGUGAUACACAUGAAUAUAUUAGUGUUGAUGAAGAGACAAAGGAUGAGUCUGUUUCUGGGGUUGAAACUGAAAGCUUUAUAUCUGCUAGUGAUAGUGUGGACCAAAUUAAUGAUGCAGAAACUGAAGCCUGUGAUGGUGAUAAAAUGUUGAAUCUUGAUGGUAGUUUCAGUCUGAGAAAUGGAAGCGUGAGUGAGUCUGGCUUCACCUUUGCUGCCGCUUCUUCUGUCGAACCUCAAUUGACUAGCCCAAAACGCCACAACAAAAAGAAAAACUGGGUAAAUGUUGGUCCUGAUUCUUUCAACUACGUGCCAAACGUAAAGGUUCCUUAUUCAUCAUCAUCGGUGCCAUUUUCAGUGGUUUCUGGAAAGCCUCUUAUUGUGUCAGGGCAAGACAUAAAAACCAAAGUAUCUUUUCCUCAACCCAAAAUUAGGGGUUCUGAUGUGAAUGAGGAGCACAAAUCAAGGGAUGCUUCCGCUUCUGCUGAUGCAUGUGAAAAGUGGCGCCUCCGAGGAAACCAAGCCUACAAGAACGGGGAUUUGCCUAUGGCUGAGAAUAGUUACAAACAAGGACUUAGCUGUGUAUCUAAAGAUCAAACAUCUCGGAGCUGUCUCAGGGCUUUGCUGCUAUGUUAUAGCAACCUGGCUGCCACACACAUGUCUCUUGGUAGGAUGAGAGAUGCAAUAGAAGAUUGUAGGCUGGCUGCUGAAAUAGAUCAAAACUUCCUCAAGGUGCAACUUAGAGCUGCAAAUUGUUAUCUUGCUUUGGGAGAAGUUGAAGGUGCUUCACUAUAUUUCAAACGGUGCUUGCAAUCAGGAACUGAUGUUUCUGUAGAUCGAAAAAUUGCUGUGGAAGCCUCCGAUGGCUUACAAAAGGCACAGAAAGUAUCAGACUUCAUUAAUCAUUCUGCCGAGCUUUUGCAAAGAAGAACAUCCUCUGAAACAGAGAGGGCAUUGGAACAUAUUAACGAGGCAUUGAUGAUCAGUAUGUACUCUGAAAAGUUGCUUGAAAUGAAAGCAGAGGCUCUUUUAAUGCUUUGUAGAUAUGAGGAGGGGAUUCAGCUGUGUGACGAGACUUUUAGUUCAGCUGAGAAGAAUGCUUGUCCAAUAGCUGCUGGUUGCCAAGCCACAUUUCUGGAUGAUUCAGAACUCUCAAAAAUCUUCUACUUUAGACUAUGGAGGUGUUCAAUAAUGCUUAAAGCCUAUUUUCAGCUAGGAAAGCUUGAAGAAGGUCUUUCUUUGCUGGAACAACAAGAGGAAAAGGUGUCUGCCAUAAACAAGAGUGGAAGCAAGGUUUUGGCGUCACUUAUACCACUAGCUGCCACUAUACGCGAGCUUUUACAUCAUAAGACCGCUGGGAAUGAAGCAUAUCAGGCUGGACGACACGCAGAAGCUGUUGAACAUUAUACAUUUGUUUUAUCUUAUUGCAGUCUGGCUAUAGCUCUUGAUGGAAAUUAUUUGAAGGCACUUUCUAGACGUGCAGGUCUGUACGAGAUGAUCAGAGAUUAUUCCCAAGCAGCCAAUGAUCUUAGAAGACUUCUCUCUCUUCUCAGUAAGGAGCUUGAGGAUAAUGCCAAUCAUAAAGGAACAUCUGAUAGAUCAAUUAAAUAUACCAAUGAUUUGAAACAAUAUCGCAUUCGGCUCUCUGAACUAGAAGAAGAAGACAGAAAGGAGAUCCCUCUUGAUAUGUAUCUUAUUUUGGGCGUUGAACCAUCUGUUUCAAUAUCUGAAAUCAAGAAGGCCUAUCGGAAAGCUGCACUUAAACAUCAUCCGGACAAGGCUUGCCAGUCUUUGACAAAAAAUGACAAUGGAGAUGAUGGGAUAUGGAGGGUUAUUGCUGAGGAAGUACAUAGAGAUGCGGAUAGGCUUUUUAAAGUAAUUGGGGAGGCAUAUGCUGUCCUGUCAGACCCUGCAAAGCGUGCACGGUAUGAUGCAGAAGUAGAAAUGAGAAAUUUCCAAAAGCGACGCCCUGGAACUACGGGUAGAAGUAAUAUGGAGAAUCAGUAUUGCCCAUCUGAUCAAUCCAACAGAAGACAUUGGAGAGAGGUUUGGAGAUCAUACGGUAAUUCAUCUUCUCAAAAUUAUGAAUCUGGUCGACCAAGUAGGAAGUAA